CAAUUGUAACUGUGUAUUGUAUCAACACACACUAGUCCUUGCUCUAGUCCGUACAUACAAGGAUAAGGCCAACAAAGAAAAAAAAAGUGUUGUGUUUUUGUUUUUAUGCACCGGCGUUAUUAUUCGUAACUUGUCGUGGGCGGCUACUUUGUAUUUGGAAUGGUAAAUUAAUAUAUUGAAGCAAAAUGAAUAUCUCGUUUCAAAAAAGAAAGGAUGCCGAAACUAGUAUAUUUGAAAUUAAUCGUUCAUUGAAAUUUUUAGAUGAAACAUUCAGAUCUCCACACUCUGAUGUUGGCUCACCACACAUACCGAGAAUGCAGGGCACCCCAGGUGGACUUUUGCAGCGUUCCCGAAUCACAUUAGAUGCAGCAUCAAGGAACAGAUUCGAUACCUCGCUCACUUUGCAGCCAAAUGAGUUGGAUUUUUUUCGGCGAAAAAAUCUAGAUUCUGUUGACUUAACGUCUUUCAGUCUUGCCGUUCCUUGGAGGACUGUUUGCGACAGGCUGUUCACGGACUUCCUUGAAGCAAUGAACUAUGAAAGCAUGGGCCACUGCCUGACCGAGUGCGUCCCUCGCUUCCUCAAGAGCUGCGAAGAGACGCUGAGCGAGCUGAAGCGAGACACAGCAAAGAUGUCGGCAGAAGCUUCCGUCCUGAACUUGUCUCAUGUGCCGGAAAAUGUUUCAGUUGAAGAUACCAUUAUUGCAAAGCUGUGGCUGCAAGGUGAAUAUAACAUAUGGUGCCUGCUGUACUCCCUUUAUCGUGAUCGAUUGGAAACGGAAGAAGAGAAAAUGUCUCCAUUGCCGUUAGCCAGCGAGGCUUACGUCAGCGAGAAGAUGAUUGUGGAAAAUUUAUAUAGAACUGACAGCUACGUGCGAGAGUGCCAGAUUGUGAUCGACUGGCUGGAGAAAACAGCGUUGGAACAGAAUAUCUCCUCGGUUCGCAUGCGGCACUUCACCGACAAGACUAUUGCUUGGGAGAACACUUUGCAUCAGCUGCAGAGGAGGAUGGAAAAUAUCCCGUACAGCAGUUCGAGCGUCCUAGUCACCAAGCUCGAUCCUGAUGCCCCGAGGAGAGAAUCCCGAAACCUCCACGAUUUGGACAAGGAGGACGAGGACCGGCUGAUGCGCGACGUGUUCCUGGAGGUGCGCUGCGGGCGGCUGGACCAGGCCCAGGACCUGCUGGCCCACUGCGGCCAGCACCUCAAGGCCGUCGCCCUCGAGGGCUGGAAGCCCUACCACGACCCCAACUACGCUUCCCCCGCCCCUGGCGGCAAGCUGCCCGUGGCGGGGGUCUUCAACAGGGACGUGUGGAAGCUGUGCGCGCUGCGGCUGGCCCAGGACAAGAAGGUGGGGGCCCACGAGCGGGCGACCUUCGCGGCGUUCUGCGGCCACCUGCCGGCCCUGGCGGAGGUGUGCCGCUCCUGGGAGGACCUGCUGUGGGCGUCCCUGCGCGUGCAGGUCGACAUCCGGGUGGAGGAGGAGAUCCGCCAGGUGUCCGCCCGCGACUACGUAGCGCUCCCCGAGGAGUACUGGCAGAACAAGACGGGCCUGGAGGAGUUGUUCGCGGAGCUGGAGGCCAGCAAGGAGAGGGCGGUGGCGGAGGAGGCGAGGGACCCGGUGCACACCAUGCAGAAGCUCCUCAUCCUGGACGACAUCCCCCAGCUGCUGGACCACCUGGAGCGGUGGGUGGACGAGGACGCCCCACUCCUGGAGUCGUGCUGCGGCCCGCACUUCCUGCGCUGCGCGGCGCACGUGGUCCUCUUCCUGCGCUCCGUGCGCCGCUGCGACGACAAGCACGGCAACAGGGUGCUCGAGGCGUACGUCAGGGUGUUGAUGGAGAAGCAAGAGCCAAGACUUGUGGCGUAUUACGUGUCGGCGCUCCCGCCAGAUCUGCAAGUGGAGCUUUACGCCAGUUUCCUGCGUAACGUAGUCGACCCAGAAGAUCGGCGACUGUGUCUGGAGCUGGCUGACAAUGCAGGUUUGGACGUCGACGUCAUCGCGAAAACUGUGGUGGAGAACAUCAGGAGGAGCGAGGAUGAUGCUGGAACGCCCCAGUUGCAAGCAGAAUUGACGCGCCUGGAUCUGGAGAAGAUAUCAGCCUUAGACUGGCUCACUUUCUACCCGGAACAGCGACUGGAAGCCAUGUGGCAGGCAAACGCCGUCAUUCGAUACUUCCUGGCAGCCGGCAAGACACGUGCUGCCAGACUAGCCUUCAACAAGCUUCCAGAGAAUUCAGUUGAAACCAUAAUGAGACAGUUUCAAGUUGAUGAAACUACUCCCAUACCACCACGAGUUUCCUCAACUAUAAGGGAAUAUCUCUGCAUUGAUGUGUACCUGAAUGCCGAAGAAGGCUUCACCGAGUGGUACCAGUUGUUCCACAACGGCAGGCCCCAGGAACCUGCGCGGCCGCCGGGAGAAGUGACUUUCACCCGCCAGGUGGCUUAUGAGCACUUGAGAAACAACUACGAGACUGAGCUGGAGCUGUGGAAGAUGACAAUGGCGCAGCAAACAAAGACGGUGAAAACUCUCCUGUACAAUGUACUGAUGUUUCCAAACGGGGGGUGGAUGGUUGACGAAGAGCCAUGGUCGGAAUGGGGCGAAGGCGAUCUAGAAGAACUGAAGAACCGUGAGCAGCAAAUGAAUAGCUUGCGUCAGCUGUACAUUCAUAAGGUUAUACUGUUGCUUUUGUGUGUGAUGCACAAUAUGAAGGAAGAUAGCGAGUGUAUUAAAAUGUCAGUCACCAUUGCAUCAGAGUACCACCAGCUAUACAAGGUGUUCACAAAACAACAACUUCGAGAAUUGCGCCUGAAAAUCUGUGAUUCAUCACUUUCUGUGCUGGAUGAAGGAUGCGACAGCUGGGGAUUUCCCUCGACUUCUUAGCUUGAACAUUCUAGCGAGUUUGUGUGCUGCACCUCGAGAUGGGACAAGCAAAACAUUCAGUAACAUUAUUUAACAAUGUUUUCUUUUUACCAGUAAAUUAUUAGUGAUGAUUUUGUACAUAAACAAUUGUGUUUUUAUCAUA